AAGCGAAUAUCAUUAGAGAUGGAGCUAUUAAAAGGUCUUCGAUGACCGCCAACCACCAAAAAAGAAACGGCGGAGAGGACAAAAAGAUCUUUCGUCCUUCUUUCUGUUCCAAGCGAUCAUCAUCUCAGCAUUCAGCAAACAAACUGCUGAUCAGAAGGAUUACACAACACUGACUUGACUUGACCUUGACUAGCUAGAAUACACAAAUACAAUGGCUGACGACGGAGAUACAGUAAGAGUGACGGUUCGUUACGGCAAAGAGGAUAUCGAGUUGUCGGUGAAUCCACAAACAGACACCUUUGCCGAAAUCAAGGCCAUGCUCGAGGAAAAGACGGGUGUGGCGGUAAAAGACCAGGAUCUUAACUUUAACAAGUUACAGGCCAUGGAAGUCAUGGAUGACAAGAAUUUGGCAUAUUACAGGUUUUCGGGGGGUUGCUUUAUGAAUCUGGAAAAAAAGAAAUAAAAAGGCGACAGACAGAAGGAAGGAUCCAUGCAUGCAAACAAGCAAAGUAAGCAAGCGACAAUUAUUUUAAUGAAUUGGCAUCAGGAUAUGAUGAGUGAAGGAGGGAGGAUGUCAUGAAGCAACAAAGGAAGUUCAAUAUUGGUUCAAUCGUCAACGAGAGAUCCAUUCGGUAGCUUCUCUUAAGUUUAGCGCCAUCAAUCCACCGUAAGACACUCGGUUUGGCUGGGCUUAGCCUGGUUUGACUUUGCCUGGCUUUGCUUGGCUUAGCCUGGCUCGACCCUGGUCGCUACACUCUACAUUCGUUCCUUUGGAGAGAGAACAGAAAAUACCCGACUAGCUAGGUGGUUUUCAAAUCUCGUAGCGUUGCUGGGGAAGGAAGGAAAUCGUCGGGCAGCUGCCAUGCCUUCUUCUAUCUCAGUGGCUCCUCAUUCAUUCAAAUAUUGGUAGAUGCCAUAUCGUACGUUAUCGUGUUGGGUAUUUCCAUUCCACGGGUUGGUUUGUUCUAU